AUGAGUACCUACUUCCACACGGAGUAUCGCAAGUUCCUGGCGAAUUCCAGGUCAGCCAAGGUCGCCGCGAAUGUCUCACUACUCUAUGUCGCGUCUACAACCAAAUUCGAAGGCAGCGACUCAGUGCUUACCCAUCUGUCGCGCCAAUCCGGCAUUGUGAAGAAGAAAUCCGAGCAGAUUAUUAGUGCGAUUGAGAGUUCUGACUCGUUGGUUUUGGAUAUCGAGACAACAUUGGAGUUUCUCGAGGGCGGCGGGGCCUAUCUCCCCUCUUUCGAUGAUAAUUUCCUGGCCGACCGCGUUGUGACCAUCCCCACGCUCCACAUCGUGCAAUGGAACGCAGAACAAGAAAUCCAACAGGUUCGCAUCUACUGGGACCAGGGCUCGCUCUUGAAGGAAGUUGAAGCGAUUGGCGCACGCAGUCGAGGCUGGCCUAUUCGCGCCGCUCAAGAACAAACUCGCCUCCUGAGAUCUGCUGCCGCCGCCAAAUCCGCUCCUGCGCCAGAGCGCCCACUCCAGAAUGGCACAAAAGAACCCGCCGCGCGACCUGGCUCCCCCGGAAAGCGACACAUCAAGGAUCCCUAUGCGGCCGAUUCCCUGUACGACCUCCUGUCACCCAAUAAAGCUGACGGCGAAAAUGGAUCCGUCGCACCUCGUGCCCGAUCCUCCUCCCCCGGAAAGAAGCACACAAGAGAUCCCUAUGCCGCCGAGUCCUUGACUGAGCUUUUGUCGCCCAGCAAGGCUAGUCCCGAGCCUGUGCGCCCGUACGCUCCUUCCGCUAUGAGGCCUCCUACUCGCGAUCUCUCCGAUCUGUUCAUUGAGGAUGACGCCCCCGCUACCCCAUCCAAGCCCGGGAGAAUGGUCGCGCCAAAGGCUGGUGUUGGCAAGCCCCAGGUCAACCGGAUCUUCUCUCAUGAGGAUAACCUGGACCAAGACCGUGCUCCAUACAAGUCAAACCCUAAGCGGUUCAACCACUUCGAGCUUGGUGCCGAUAACUCUGAACUCGAGGAGAAGGAUGUGGGCACUCCCAAGUCUGGUGCUGGCAGGCCCCAGGUAAACCGAAUCUUCUCUAAUGAGGAUAAUCUGGACCAAGACCGCGCCGCAUACAAGUCGAACCCCAAGCGAUUCAACCACUUUGAGAUUGGUGAUGAUUCUGAAGCUGGGGGUAAUCUGGACCAAAACCGCGCCGCAUACAAGUCAAACCCCAAGCGAUUCAACCACUUUGAGAUUGGUGAUGAUUCCGAAGCUGGGGGUAAUCUAGAUCAAGACCGUGCCGCAUACAAGUCAAACCCCAAGCGAUUCAACCACUUUGAGAUUGGUGAUGAUUCCGAAGCUGGGGGUAAUCUAGAUCAAGACCGUGCCGCAUACAAGUCAAACCCUCACCGGUUCAGCCACUUCCAGAUUGGUGACGAUAAUACCGACCCUACUACGCCUAAGAAAACUUCAGCUCCCCUCAGCGAGCAGGCACGUAACUUCGGCUACAGCGAUACAGCGGAGGCUGAUACACCACCGGCUCGCAAUCAUGUCUUCAAGCCCCGUCGCGAUGCGGAUGUGCACUUUGAAAUGAACGAGGAGAAGCAGGAUGAGGAAUCUCGUCCUUUCUCCGUGGUGGGCUCCAACGCUAACCGCAAAAAGAAUUUCGAAUCUCACUUCGAUGAUGAGUCCGCCGACUCGACCGGAGUUGAAGCCGAGAACAAGCCUAUUCCUUCCGACCGUUUGAAGGCUAUCAAGAUGAUGGAGUCUCACUGGGACCCUUAUGGCCCGGAGUCUCCUGGACCCCGAGCCACCAUGACAGCUCUGCACGAUCCUCUGCACCACAACCAGCCAUCGUGGGGCUUUGGUGACGAGUAA